UCGCUCUUUAUACUAAUAGCUACGAGCCUGCAUUGAUGCCUUGGGCUCGCUCUUUAUCUAUUUCAUGGAUGCAGAGCUGGUUUAUGCUAUCACUUAACCCUAAAAUCCCCGCCUCCCUCGGUGACUCCGGCGGUCUGUCGCCAUCUCGAAGACAGGAAGUCAUCUGGCGUGUCGGUCAUCGACUCAUCGGUAAUCAUCUACCGGGGUCUCUCGACUCGUGUCCAAUAUCAAUAUUAGAGUGGAUUAGUGAUAGAAGAGCCCUCCAUCGGCAACGCCGGAAACCAACGAAGCACCAUGGGCAACCGACAGACAAGGAAAUCACGCGUCCUCCCCAUGAAUCCGCUAACCCCGAACAUCUCCCGCUGUCGAGGGCGAGCCGUUGUAUGACAUGCAACGUGCCUCCAUGUUGCACAGAACGAGACCGGCCACCGUCCCGUUCUCAGCGAGUCUCGAUACAGGGCCGAUGUUAUGGCGAAGUUCCGACGCUACGUCACAUUAAAGGCGCUGACGCGGCGGCAUAAAGCGGAAUUGAGUUCAUGGUUCGGGCCCGAAUUCUUUUUCAACCGAUCGACAUCACAAGCGAACUGCUCCCGAGA